UCGCGCGAAAAAAUGUCUCCGAAGAAACCUGUUGACAGCUUGGGUUGUCUGUGCCUCGAGGCCGUAACUCAAAUCACCUUGUUCAGCGUGAAAGUUGCCCGUAUCAAAGAAAUAAAGAGGUACUUGUCAGAGGCGCCGCAGAAGAUUCGCGAAGAUAUAUUCGCCAAAGUGGUCACCUCCAGCACUACCAACUCCCACGACAAAUGGAUCAUGUACGAAGUGUUCCAGUACACAUUUCCCUGGUUGGACUGUAGGAACGUAUCCAAGGCGUACCAUCAGAUGUUCCUGGAAAGGGCUAAGAACUUGCUGCAUUUGAAUUUGAAAGGUAGCUCCAUAAAUGAGCGGAGCUUAAUUGACGCAUUGAAAAAGCUGGAUCACUUGAAGUCGCUGGCGAUACCGAGUCUUGCGAGCGACCAAACGCUGGAGGAAGUGUCCAAGCUGCGCCAUUUGGUAUUGCUUGACAUAAGCGGAGUGAAUUCGUUCACUUCUGCUGGGUUGAGGCUUCUGAAAAUUACGCAUUUGGAAAUUUUAAUCAUCGGUUUGGAACGGUGCCCAAACGUCACUUCUAGCGACGACCAGGACAUCAUGACGGAGGUGGUAACCAAUCUCCCAUCACUCAGAGAAGUCAGGACCUAUUCCUACAUGGGCGACGUGGUUUUGAAACUCCAAGGACCUACGAAUUUGGAAGCUAUCUCUAUACAAAUUCUGGACUCGAACGUGGCCCAAUCGAUAGCCCGAAAAUGUCCGCGUCUGAAGAAAUUGUCGAUGCUUGACCCACCAUCUUGCCAGUUGCAAAUGCUGCAAAACUUGAAACGCCUGAGAAGUUUGCGGGUGGAAAAUUUGGAACUGCAAUAUGCGCGCGUCAAUUUUGACAGCUCGAUGAGAGCCUUGGAGACGUUGAAGCUGGCGAGGGUGAAAGGUAUCGAAGUCGCAGAUGCGGCUGUCUCGUUGCCUAACCUAGAAGUAUUGGAGCUGAUCGAAUGCGACGUGCCCAAGGACCUGGUGCUCUCGAUACUUAAGGGUUGCCGCAGACUUAGAAGAGUAGCCAUGUCUAACGACGUAGGACUAACUGAUAAAGAUUUGUUAAGCAUUUGCAAAGGCGACAGUUUGAAGAAUCUGGAACAGUUAUGGCUGACGCGAGCGAGGCAUCUGAGCUCCGACUCGGUCGUUCUGUUGAUGAAUCACUGUGAUAAGUUGGUGCUGAUCGGCACCUUGAACGGAUGGAAUGUCGAAAAAGUGGAAACGAAUUAUUUGAGUUGGAAAAAGUCCCCGCAAUGAUGGAGAUACAGGCCAGGACAAGCAAGAUCUCAGAAGUCCACCUGCCAAAUUUACAGCUAACAUUAGGACAAAACUAGCUACGCC